GAGCCCCCCAACGGUAGCACCUUUCCCCCUUUCCACCCCGGCACCAUGCUGGACAGAGACGUGGGGUGAGUAGGACACACACACCUGGAACAUUGUUGUAUUCUGUGUGUCAUUUUGUGGUGCUUUUCGGCGUGUGUGUGUGUGUCUUGCUGAGUCAGGGUGGGUUAGCUCCUCCCCUGAGAUGGCUGCCUACAGGUAGAUCUGUUAGCUCCUCCCCUGAGAUGGCUGCCUACAGGUAGACCUGUUAGCUCCUCCCCUGAGAUGGCUGCCUACAGGUAGACCUGUUAGCUCCUCCCCUGAGAUGGCUGCCUACAGGUAGACCUGUUAGCUCCUCCCCUGAGAUGGCUGCCUACAGGUAGACCUGUUAGCUCCUCCCCUGAGAUGGCUGCCUACAGGUAGACCUGUUAGCUCCUCCCCUGAGAUGGCUGCCUACAGGUAGACCUGUUAGCUCCUCCCCUGAGAUGGCUGCCUACAGGUAGACCUGUUAGCUCCUCCAGAUCACAGGGGGUUGAUCUGACUGCUGCUGCUCUAGUGUGGGCGCUCUGGGUUGAUCUGACUGCUGCUGCUCUAGUGUGGGUGCUCUGGGUUGAUCUGACUGCUGCUGCUCUAGUGUGGGCGCUCUGGGUUGAUCUGACUGCUGCUGCUCUAGUGUGGGUGCUCUGGGUUGAUCUGACUGCUGCUGCUCUAGUGUGGGCGCUCUGGGUUGAUCUGACUGCUGCUGCUCUAGUGUGGGUGCUCUGGGUUGAUCUGACUGCUGCUGCUCUAGUGUGGGUGCUCUGGGUUGAUCUGACUGCUGCUGCUCUAGUGUGGGUGCUCUGGGUUGAUCUGACUGCUGCUGCUCUAGUGUGGGUGCUCUGGGUUGAUCUGACUGCUGCUGCUCUAGUGUGGGCGCUCUGGGUUGUUGUGUUUCUAUUGUCCUCCCCCAUGGGGUGGAAGACUGGCAAAAACAGUGACAUGGUGUGUGUGAGGUUGAGAUUGUGUGUGUGUGUGUGGUUGGGGGGGGGGGGGGGGGGGGGGGUACAUGUCUAGGCUAACUGCCUUCUCUGGUUCUUACAGAUAACAGGCAACAGUUACAAUUCACAUUGUUAUGUGGAGAAAGACUAGUAUUAAACUAGAUAUUUAUUUAUUUGACCAUUUGUCUUCCCUCUCUCUCUCUCUCUCUCUGCCUCUCUGCCUCUCUGCCUCUCUCUCUCUCUCUCUCUCUCUCUCUCUCUCUCUGUCUCUCUCUCUCUCUCUGUCUCUCUCUCUCUGCAGCCCAACCCCCAUGUACCCCCCCUCAUACCUGGAGCCUGGAAUAGGGUAAGACCUCCUGACUGUUUCUACUUUAGUCUGGAUGUCUAUUGUUUUGAUAUCACAGACCUACUUCCAUUUUGCUACAGCCAGUGCUUGAAGUGGAUUGAAAUAUGUCCCUGUACUCAGUUUGGGUUCCGGUACCGUUUAUAUUUAGGUGACGGAACUCUGCAAUAUUUUAAAGCCAAUAUUCUAUAGGAAGUGCCGUUACUCUGACCCAAGUCAAGCUAUUGCUACGUCUAACCUCUCCUGUCUGUCUGUCUGUCUGUCUCAGGAGGCACACACCGUACGGGAACCAGACAGACUACAGGAUAUUUGAGCUCAACAAACGGCUACAGAAUUGGACAGAGGUAGAGUGGAGCUGAACGCUUAACUUAAUCUCUCUGCCCGACCCUCUGUCUGUCUGUCUGUCUGUCUGUCUGUCUCUGUCAUUCCAUGAUUCUCUGCUCCUGGUUCUCAAGUUAUUGUUUUACUAAGACUACCAUACUGAAUACUAUGCUAACUCCCUCCCUCUCUCUCUCCUCUAGUUCUCAAGUUAUUGUUUUACUAAGACUACCAUACUGAAUACUAUGAGUUCUUUUGUUUUAGUACUUACUAGGCUGACUUAACAUGUUGCUAACUAUUCAUCUCUCUCUCUCCUCUCUCUAGGAGUGUGAUAACCUGUGGUGGGAUGCGUUCACUACAGAGUUCUUUGAGGACGACGCCAUGUUGACCAUAACCUUCUGUCUGGAGGACGGGCCCAAAAGAUACAGUAAGAACACACACACUCACACAUACACAGAAAUGUCUCUCAACGCUCAAAGCAUGAGUUGUUGUUGUAUUCUUCUACUUCCUGUGAUUAUAAUCAAAUCAAAUGUUGUUGGUCACAUGCUUCGUAGACAACAGGUGUAGACUAACAGUGAAAUGCAGAGUUAAAGUGACACGAGGAAGAAAUCCACAGUGAAUAACAAGUAAAAAUAACAUGUCUGUAUACAGGGAGUACCAGUACUGAGUCAAUGUGCAGGGGUACGAGGUAAUUGAGUUAGCUAUGUACUGUACAUAAUAGGUAAGGGUGAAGUGACUAGGCAACAGGAUAGAUAAUAGACAGUAGCAGCAGCGUACAUGGUGAGUAUGAAAGUGUGGGUGUGUGGCGUCAGUAUGCGUGUGUGUGUGGGCGUAUGUUGUGUGUGUUGGAGUGUAAGUAUGUGUGAGUGUGUGGGUAGAGUCCAGUGUGUGUGCAUAGUCAGUGUAAGAGAGUUAGUGCCAAAAAGUCAUGAUUCUAGUCCGUGUUGUGAUUAAUAUGGGGUGGUUUCCUGGACACAGACUAAGCCUAGAUUCUCCAUUGAUCUUGCUGUUUAGUCCAAGGCUAUGGUUAAUGUGUGUCUUGGAAACCACCCUAUUAGACUCUAUUGUUGUGUUCUUAUACUCCACUGUUCUUCUACUUCCUGUCUCCUCCUCCUCCUCCGCAGCGAUUGGCCGGACGUUGAUCCCGCGGUACUUCCGGAGUAUAUUCGAGGGCGGUGCCACCGACCUCUACUACGUGUUGAAGCACCCCAAAGAAUCCUUCCACAACAACUUUGUCUCGCUGGACUGUGACCAGUGUACCAUGGUUACUCAGAACGGAAAACCCAUGUUCACACAGGUACGAGGGGGUGGGUGUGUGUAACAGAGAGAGAGAGAGAGAGAGAGGAUUUGUUUUUAUGUGUGUGUCUGUGUGUAUGUCAGGGGGACAGUGUGUGUGUGUAUGUCAGGGACAGUGUGUGUGUGUAUGUCAGGGGGACAGUGUGUGUGUGUGUGUGUGUGUGUGUGUGUGUGUGUGUAUGUCAGGGGGACAGUGUGUGUGUGUCUGUGUGUAUGUCAGGGGGACAGUGUGUGUGUGUGUCUGUGUGUAUGUCAGGGACAGUGUGUGUGUGUAUGUCAGGGGGACAGUGUGUGUGUGUGUGUGUAUGUCAGGGGGACAGUGUGUGUGUGUGUGUGUGUGUGUAUGUCAGGGGGACAGUGUGUGUGUGUGUAUGUCAGGGGGACAGUGUGUGUGUGUGUGUGUGUGUGUGUGUAUGUCAGGGGGACAGUGUGUGUGUGUGUGUGUGUGUGUGUGCAGGCUAUAUCUUUCCUGCAGACACUAUCUAUUGUAAACAUGGGGUAGAAUCCUAACAUCAAAAUCUGCAUUUCGUAACUCAAAUGAAUGAAAUCAAUGCAUCUUUUACGUGAAAGUCUACACAUGUAUGUCAUGCUAGGAUUCGGCCCAUAGUUGCUGGUAAAUUGCUGUCUUUGCACCCUUUGAACACAACAAAUAUUCUGAACAUAACACAUUGUUUUGGUGAACUUUCCUUAUCCCCUUUGAAGAAAGUGCAACCCUGACCUUUGACCCCUAUAGGUGUGUGUGGAAGGUCGUCUGUACCUGGAGUUCAUGUUUGACGACAUGAUGAGGAUCAAGACGUGGCACUUCAGCAUCCGACAGCACCGUGAACUGAUACCACGCAGUAUACUGGCCAUGCACGUAAGUUAUAACAGACACACACACACACACACACACACACACACCACUACCAUAAAUUCACUUCAUCUGCUGUCUAAUAGCGGUGGUAGACAGAUCAAUACAUGGUGUCUGACCUCUAACCCUACAGGCCCAGGACCCCCAGAUGUUAGACCAGCUGUCUAAGAAUAUCACCAGAUGUGGACUGUCUAACUCCACCCUCAACUACCUCCGAGUGAGUACACACAACAACACAACACAACAACAACAACAACACAACAAAUGUAGAUCAGUGCCUUGCAAAAACUAUUCAUACCCCUUGGAUAUCUUCUAAUUUUAUUGUGUUACAAAGUGAGAUUAAAAUUGAUUUAAUUGUAAUUUUUUGGCAACAAUCUACUCAAAAUACUCUGUCAGAAGUAGAAGAACAAUUCUCUCUUUUUUUUUUAUGAAUAAAAAUUGGAUAACUAAAAUAUAGCCGUAGCCCCUUUGUUUAGGCAAGUCUAAAUGAAUUCAGGAGUAACAUUUGGUUCAACAAAGCCCAUACAGUGAGCUGCAAAAGUAUUGUGACGGUGACACAUCUUUUGUUGUUUUUACUCUACUCCAGCAAUUUGGAUUUCAAAUGAAACGAUGACUGAGGUUAAAGUGCAGACUGUCAGCUUUAAUUUGAGGGUAUUUCCAUCCAUAUCUGGUGAACCGUUUAGAAACCUUUUGUACAUAGUCCCCCCAUUUUAGGGGACCUAAAGCAUUAGGACUAAUCCACUUAUGUGUAUUAAAGUAGUCCCAUAUUCAUAUCACACAAUGACUACAUCAAGCUUGUGACUCUACAAACUUGUUGGAUGCAUUUGCUCUUUGUUUUGGUUGCGUUUCUGAUUAUUUGGUGCCCAAUAGAAAUGAAUGGUAAAUAAUGUAUUGUCAUUUUACUGUAAAUAAGAAUGGAAUAUGUUUCUAAACACUUCUACAUUUAAUGUGGAUGCUACCAUGAUUAUGGAUAAUCUUGAAUGAAUCGUGAAUAAUGAUACGAGUUACAGACACACAAAUAUCAUACCCCCCCAAAAAAUGCUUAUUGUAAUGGUGAGAGGUUCCAUGUUCCUGAUAGGUAUGGUAGUAGUUUAAUAUAGUACUGAUAGGUAUGGUAGUAGUUGAAUAUACUGUAGUUCUGAUAGGUAUGGUAGUAGUUUUUAAUAUAGUACUGCUAGGUAUGGUAGUAGUUUAAUAUUUUUAUUUAUUUAUUUUUUAUUUCACCUUUAUUUAACCAGGUAAGCCAGUUGAGAACAAGUUCUCAUUUACAACUGCGACCUGGCCAAGAUAAAGCAAAGCAGUGCGAUAAAAACAACAACACAGAGUUACAUAUGGGGUAAAACAAAACAAAGUCAAAAAUACAACAGAAAUACAUAUAAUAUACAGUGUGUGCAAAUUUAGCAAGUUAUGGAGGUAAGGCAAUAAAAUAGGCUAUAGUGCAAAAUAAUUACAAUUAGUAUUAACACUGGAAUGAUAGAUGUGCAAGAGAUGAUGUGCAAAUAGAGAUACUGGGGUACAAAUGAGCAAAAUAAAUAACAAUAUAGGGAUGAGGUAGUUGGGCGGGCUAAUUUCAGAUGGGCUGUGUACAGGUGCAGUGAUCGGUAAGGUGCUCUGACAACUGAUGCUUAAAGUUAGUGAGGGAGAUAAGUGUCUCCAGCUUCAGAGAUUUUUGCAAUUUGUUCCAGUCAUUGGCAGCAGAGAACUGGAAGGAAUUGCGGCCAAAGGAGGUGUUGGCUUUGGGGAUGACCAGUGAGAUAUACCCGCUGGAGCGCAGACUACGGGUGGGUGUUGCUAUGGUGACCAAUGAGCUAAGAUAAGGCGGGGAUUUGCCUAGCAGUGAUUUAUAGAUGGCCUGGAGCCAGUGGGUUUGGCGACGAAUAUGUAGUGAGGACCAGCCAACAAGAGCGUACAGGUCACAGUGGUGGGUAUUAUAUGGGGCUUUGGAGACAAAACGGAUGGCACUGUGAUAGACUACAUCCAAUUUGCUGAGUAGAGUGUUGGAGGCUAUUUUGUAAAGGACAUCGCCGAAGUCAAGAAUCGGUAGGAUAGUCAGUUUUACGAGGGCAUGUUUGGCAGCAUGAGUGAAGGAGGCUUUGUUGCGAAAUAGGAAACCGAUUCUAGAUUUAACUUUGGAUUGGAGAUUCUUAAUGUGAGUCUGGAAGGAGAGUACAGUCUAACCAGACACCUAGGUAUUUGUAGUUGUCCACAUACUCUAGGUCAGACCCGUCGAGAGUAGUGAUUCUAGUCGGGUGGGCGGGUGCAAGCAGCGUUCGGUUGAAGAGCAUGCAUUUAGUUUUACUAGUGUUUAAGAGCAGUUGGAGGCUACUGAAGGAGUGUUGUAUGGAAUUGAAGCUCGUUUGGAGGUUUGUUAACACAGUGUCCAAUGAAGGGCCAGAUGUAUACAAAAUGGUGUCUGCGUAGAGGUGGAUCUGAGAGUCACCAGCAGCAAGAGCGACGUCAUUGAUAUACACAGAGAAAAGAGUCGGCCCAAGAAUUGAACCCUGUGGCACCCCCAUAGAGACUGCCAUAGGUCCAGAUAACAGGCCCUCCGAUUUGACACAUUGAACUCUAUCUGAGAAGUAGUUGGUGAACCAGGCGAGGCAGUCAUUUGAGAAACCAAGGCUAUUUAGUCUGCCAAUAAGAAUGCGUUGGUUGACAGAGUCGAAAGCCUUGGCCAGGUCAAUGAAAACGGCUGCACAGUACUGUCUAUUAUCGAUCGCGGUUAUAAUAUCGUUUAGGACCUUGAGCGUGGCUGAAGUGCACCCAUGACCAGCUCGGAACCGGAUUGCAUAGCGGAGAAGGUACGGUGGGAUUCGAAAUGGUCGGUGAUCUGUUUGUUGACUUGGCUUUCAAAAACUUUUGAAAGGCAGGGCAGGAUGGAUAUGGGUCUGUAACAGUUUGGAUCUAGAGUGUCACCCCCUUUGAAGAGGGGGAUGACCGCGGCAGCUUUCCAAUCUCUGGGGAUCUCAGACGUUACGAAAGAGAGGUUGAACAGGCUAGUAAUAGGGGUUGCGACAAUUUCGGCGGCUAGUUUUAGAAAGAAAGGGUCCAGAUUGUCUAGCCCAGAUAAUUUGUAGGGGUCCAGAUUUUGCAGCUCUUUUAGAACAUCAGCUGUCUGGAUUUGUGUGAAGGAGAAGCGGGGGGGGGCAUGGGCAAGUUGCAGCGGGAGGGUGCAGAGCUGGUGGCCGGGGUAGUGGUAGCCAGGUGGAAAGCAUGGCCAGCCGUAGCAAAAUGCUUGUUGAAAUUCUCGAUUAUUGUAGAUUUAUCGGUGGUGAUAGUGUUUCCUAGCCUCAGUGCAGUGGGCAGCUGGGAGGAAGUGCUCUUAUUUUCCAUGGACUUUACAGUGUCCCAAAACUUUUUGGAGUUAGUGCUACAGGAUGCAAAUUUCUGUUUGAAAAAGUUAGCCUUUGCUUUCCUAACUGCUUGUGUAUAUUGGUUCCUAACUUCCCUGAAAAGUUGCAUAUCGCGGGGGCUAUUUGAUGCUAAUGCAGUACGCCACAGGAUGUUUUUGUGCUGGUCAAGGGCAGUCAAGUCUGAGGAGAACCAGGGGCUAUAUCUGUUCUUAGUUCUGUAUUUUUGAAUGGGGCAUGUCUAUUUAAGAUUGAGAGGAAAUUACUUUUAAAGAACAACCAGGCAUCCUCUACUGACGGAAUGAGAUCUAUAUCCAUCCAGGAUACCUGGGCCAGGUCAAUUAGGAAGGCCUGCUCGCUGAAGUGUUUUUGGGAGCGUUUGACAGUGAUGAGGGGUGGUCGUUUGACCGCGGACCCGUUACGGACGCAGGCAAUAAGGCAGUGAUCGCUGAGAUCCUGGUUGAAGACAGCGGAGGUGUAUUUAGAGGGUAAGUUAGUCAGGAUGAUAUCUAUGAGGGUACCCAUGUUUCGGAUUUAGGUUUGUACCUGGUAGGUUCGUUGAUAAUUUGUGUGAGAUUGAGGGCAUCUAGUUUAGAUUGUAGGAUGGCCGGGGUGUUAAGCAUAUCCCAAUUUAGGUCACCAAGCAGUACGAACUCUGAGGAUAGAUGGGGGGGCAAUCAAUUCACAUAUGGUGUCCAGGGCACAGCUGGGGGCUGAGGGGGGUCUGUAGCAAGCGGCAACAGUGAGAGAUUUAUUUCUGGAAAGGUGGAUUUUUAGAAGUAGAAGCUCAAACUGUUUGGGCACAGACCUGGAUAGUAUGAUGAAGCUCUGCAGGCUAUCUCUACAGUAGAUUGCAACUCCACCCCCUUUGGCAGUUCUAUCUAGAUGGAAAAUGUUAUAGUUGGGGAUGGAAAUUUCAGAAUUUUUGGUGGCCUUCCUAAGCCAGGAUUCAGACACUGCUAGAACAUCAGGGUUGGUGGAGUGUGCUAACGCAGUGAAUAACUCAAACUUAGGAAGGAGGCUUCUGAUAUUUAUGUGCAGAAAACCAAGACUUUUACGGUUACAGAAGUCAACAAAUGAUAGCUCCUGGGGAGUAGGAGUGAUACUGGGGGCUGCAGGGCCUGGGUUUAGCCUCUACAUCACCAGAGGAACAGAGGAGGACUAGAAUAAGGAUACGACUAAAGGCUUUAAGAACUGGUCUUCUAGUGCGUUGGGUACAUAGAAUAAAGGGGGCAGUUCUCCGGGCGUUGUAGAAAAGAUUCAGGCAUUAUGUACAGAAAAGGAUAUGGAAGGAUAUGAGUACAGUUCAGGUAACCCUAAGCGUUGGGUAACAAUGAAAGAGAUAGCGUCAUUGGAGGCACCGAUUGAGCCGGUCUCGGCGUGUAUGGGGGGUGGAAAAAAGGAACUAUAUGAGGCAGUUUGAGAGGGACUAGGGGUUCUACAGUGAAAUUGUAUAAUAAGAACUAACCCAAACAGCAAUAGGCAAGGCAUAAUUGACAUGGGAGAGAGGCAUAAAGCAGUCACAGGUGUUAUUAGAGAGAGCUAAGACACAACUGGAAAUAGCGAUAACGUUUGGGCUAAGACUAAACAGAAUAAACAGGACAGGGUACCGUGUAAAGGAACAGUCCAGCAGGCAUCAGCUGUGCAGCUGAGUGAUCAUAAGGUCCAGUGAACAGCAAUAUGUGAGUCCGAGAGCAGUUCAAAUUGGUGCUUCAGCACAGCUAGCAGGGAGCACAGUUGUAGUUUGCGUGUGCUAGCAGGCCGGGGCUGGCAGAUGGAUCUUCGUGGUCGUCGCAACGGGAAGCCUGUUGAAACCACAUCAGACUAUUUCGUCGGCAAACCAGUCGUGUUGUAUCGGCGGGGCUCCUUGUCAACACUAGGUGGUCCCGUCCGGUUGACAGAGAGGUAGAUAGCCGGGAGAUGGGCCUAGCUCAGGAUGAUUAGCCAGACCACAGCGUCCAUUUAGUUGAAGCUAGCUGGUAGCGAUGAAUCCGGAGUUAAAGGUCCAGUGAUUCAGUGAUUCCGGCAGAAAAACUGAUAUGUUCUGGGUCGAUAACGCGCUGUGCAGACUGGCCGAAUAUCCGGUGAUUAAUAUCCAGUGAUUGAAUUAAUCCCGCAGAAAAAAAUCCAAUGUUCUGGGUGAAAUACCGCUAACUGUGGCUAAUAGUAAGUAGCUAGUUAGCUGGCUAGCUAGUUUCAACUGGAGAUUCUAGAUAAAAGGUAAGUCAAUAAUAGAAUCCGUUCCACAUUGAGUGAGGCGGGUUGCAGGAAAGUAUAUUUUGUAGAAGGAUGAAAAGUCUGAUAGGGAAAUAUGUACGAAAAAACAACAAAAAACAGGGUAUUUACAGGCUAUUUACAGACACACGACAAAAACAGAACUGCACUACUUCGCCAUCUUGGAUUCAAUCAAUAGUAGUAGGUAUGGUAGUAGUUUAAUAUAGUACUGAUAGGUAUGGUAGUAGUUUAAUAUAGUACUGAUAGGUAUGGUAGUACUUUAAUAUAGUACUGAUAGGUAUGGUAGUAGUUUAAUAUAGUCCUAUGAUAGGUAUGGUAGUACAUUAAUAUAGUACUGAUAGGUAUGGUAGUAGUUUAAUAUAGUACUGAUAGGUAUGGUAGUACAUUAAUAUAGUACUGAUAGGUAUGGUAGUAGUUUAAUAUAGUACUGAUAGGUAUGGUAGUAGUUUAAUAUAGUACUGAUAGGUAUGGUAGUACUUUAAUAUAGUACUGAUAGGUAUGGUAGUAGUUUAAUAUAGUACUGAUAGGUAUGGUAGUAGUUUAAUAUAGUACUGAUAGGUAUGGUAGUAGUUUAAUAUAGUACUGAUAGGUAUGGUAGUAGUUUAAUAUAGUCCUCUGAUAGGUAUGGUAGUACAUUAAUAUAGUACUGAUAGGUAUGGUAGUAGUUUAAUAUAGUCCUCUGAUAGGUAUGGUAGUAGUUUAAAAUAGUACUGAUAGGUAUGGUAGUAGUUUAAUAUAGUACUGAUAGGUAUGGUAGUAGUUUAAUAUAGUACUGAUAGGUAUGGUAGUACUUUAAUAUAGUACUGAUAGGUAUGGUAGUAGUUUAAUAUAGUACUGAUAGGUAUGGUAGUACUUUAAUAUAGUACUGAUAGGUAUGGUAGUAAUUUAAUAUAGUACUGAUAGGUAUGGUAGUAGUUUCAUCAUGUCCCCUGAUAUUGCCAUAUAGCUUACACCUAUCAAACUUUUCAGAUCUAGAGGGUGUUUCUGGACGGGCCUACAAACUAGUGUAGAAGAUUUUACUGAAGUCAACUGUGAAGGAAAUGUUAUUGUGUGAAGAGACAGCCUUGAAAAUGUUCAUCUUGUCGUUCGUGUCAUAAAUAAUCCACACCUGGUGGUAAUUUCUACAACACAACGAAUGUUGUCUUGUCUCUCUAUCAUCUCAUGUCUCCCUCCCUCCCUCCCUCCCUCCGUCAUGUCUCUCCUGUAGCUGUGUGUGAUUCUGGAGCCCAUGCAGGAGCUGAUGUCCAGACACAAGACAUACAGCCUCAGCCCCAGGGACUGUCUCAAGACCUGCCUCUUCCAGAAGUGGCAACGCAUGGUGGCCCCUCCAGGUAACACACACACACAACGCACAGCGCAUACACACACACACAAUGCACAGCGCAUACACACAACGCACAGCGCAUACACACACACACAACGCACAGCGCAUACACACACACACACACACACACAAUGCACAGCGCAUACACACACACAACGCACAGCGCAUACACACACACACAACGCACAGCGCAUACACUCACACACACAAUGCACAGCGCAUACACCACACACACACAACGCACAGCGCAUACACACACCACAACGCACAGGGCAUACACACAACGCACAGCGCAUUUACACACACACAACGCACAGCGCAUACACACACACACAACACACAGCGCAUACACACACACACACACACACACACAGCGCAUACACACACACACACACGACACAAAGGCGCAUACACACACACACACACAACAACGCACAGCGCAUACAAACACACCACAAACACACAGGCAGACAGGACCACGCGGCAGGAGAAACGACCAACACACAUACGGGAACGGUUGUACACACACACAACACCACAACACACACACACACACACACACGCACACACUCCUCCUCCCUAACCCCAAACUCUCCCUCUCUCCCCCCUUUCCCCCAGAGGAGCCGGAGAGGCAGGCUCCGAGUAAGCACACACACGCGCUCACAUGCACACAAACUCUCACACACAUCAAGAUCUGGGGCUGGGUUCAGACAAAGACUACACACAAACUCCGGACCUACGAACCUAACACUCAAAAACCAGAUGAACCCAAGAAUAAAAAAAGCACCUAGCCCCAUCUUCCCCCCCUCUCUCUCUCUCUCCUCCUCCUCUCUCCUUCAUCCCUCCUCUCUCCUCUCUCUCCUCUCCUCUCUUCUCUCCUCUCUCCUCUAGCUGAACCAGCCAGACAGGCCCCUAAUAAGAGGAGGAAGCGUAAGAUGUCUGGCGGCAGCACCAUGAGUGCUGGAGGAGGAACCACCACCAACAACAACAAGAAGAAGAGUCCAGCUAGCAGCUUCCCCCUGUCCAGCCAAGUACCAGUAAGUAGCAGUCAAAUCAAUCAUGAAUUUUAUGAAGCCCUUUUUACAUCAGCAGUUGUCACGGUGUGUUACAGUUACAUGGUCUAAAACCCCAAAGAGCAAGCAAGGCAGAAGCCAGAGCACAGUGACCAGGAAGGUUUCUUCCUUAUAGGAAGGUUUAUUUUCUACCCCCCUAUCUCUGUUAUAAAGGUAUCUCCCUCCCCUUUAGGAUGUGAUGGUGGAGGAAGAGCCCACCCUGAUAGGAGGAGAGCUAGCUAUAGUAGUAGUAGUAGUCUCCUCCCCCUUUCUCUGUAAUAAUGGUUUCUUCCUCCCCUUUAGGAUGUGAUGGUGGUGGGAGAGCCCACCCUGAUGGGUGGGGAGUUCGGGGACGAGGACGAGCGCCUGAUCACGCGGCUGGAGAACCAACAGUUCGACGCGGCCAACGGCAUCGAUGACGAGGACAGCUUCAACAACAGCCCCGCACUGGGCGCCAACUCUCCCUGGAACAACAAGGCCCCAUCCAGCCAGGAGAGCAAGAGUGACAACCCUACCUCUCAGGCCUCCCAGUAG